AUCAGGAACCUUUCGGUGCUAACCACAUUGGUGGUUUUCUGCUGAAGAAUCUGGUUGACCUAAGAACAACUCAGGACACGUUGCGGAAAAUAGCAUCUGCCAACAGCAUACUCUCUGCCAUACGAAGGUCGUACUACCAAUUGACUCUGCAGAACUUCAGGUUCCUAUUUUCUUCCAACUUUCGUGCAAUACUGGAAUACGGCCUACCUGCCAUACGCCUUCUCACGAAAUUUUAAUGUCGCGCUCGUUCUUUACUGCUGGUGAAUACUGAGUCCCGUAUGGCGGUUUACCUGUAUGUUUAAGUCUCAUAUGAAUGCUGUUAUGUCGGGAUCGCAGAGCAGAGUGACUAAGUCCUUCGUUGAAGCCACAGGGCUUUCGAGGAUCCGGACAGGCACAACACUCCUCGAGGGUUCUGGUUCCUCGGUUUCUCGCGAUCCGGAUCCAGCCACCAUAUAUGGUCCACCAACACCUACUUCCCCAUCGCAGUCAACAAAACCACUAAUUGUCCAAUUACCAAGCUCAUUUAUGCCCUCAUCUGUCAUUCAUCACUUUGGCUCCUCUUCGUCAACUGGUUUCCCCUCCAACUCUUCUGAUCCUUCCCCCACGAACCCAGCUACGCCUUCUUUCCCUCCUCAAGGGCCUGCUGUACCCAACUCCAAAAAACAGAAGUUGCUCAGACGGUGUCAUCGCCAUUUGAAGCGUUUAUUGCGGAGCUCCGGGGUUGUGCACUCAUCCACAUCGGGCUCGACAACUGAUACAUGCGAAAAGUGUCCUAAUUGUCUCAUGAACAACAACAUACUGCUUGAUUUACAAACCAAAUAUUCCGACCUGGUUCAGGAAGUGGCAUCUUUGCAACGACAACUUACUGCUGUUCAACAUGCCUUCACGUCGCUCCGCACGAUGCUCCUCGCUUCCUUCAUCUCUUCUCCCAGCAACCAGGCAACCUCUUCCGACCUCAACACACUAUCCACAUGUACUCCGCUGGUGGCUGUCCCCACUAGCUACAACCCUGCUGUCACCUUCUCCAUGGCACCAUUUGGCAAUUCCCAGCAAAUCUCUGGGGCAGGUUCUCUUCCCACUGCUCUCUCGACUGUCGUCACAGAAUCGAUUGCUUACGAACCUGCAUCGACUAUCACCCCAUCGAAUUGCAUGCAGGAAUUGCCUUCAUCGAACCCUGGAAUCGCUGCUCCGAUACUGUCGUCGGCUCUGGAGCUAACCACCUCUUCGUCCAAUUUUGCCCAUCUCCCAACCGAUCCGCCACACAUCAAAUCAGACCCAUCGGAUACUCUUCAUGCUGGGCUCUCCACUUCGUCCGACAAGGACUCCUCUUCCAGUGUGGUUAUGGAUUCAGCUGUGUCUCGACUCGACCCAUUCACUUUCAUCCAGUCGAUACGGGAUCGAAUGAGGCGAUUGAACAUCUCGCAGCGUACGCUUGGCCGUGAAUUCCUUGGCGUGAAUGAAAGGGCAUUAGGUGAAAUUAUGCGCAAACCCAGGCCUUGGAACCAACUCACUCCACAUGCACGUUCUGUUUACGAACGUUUAUAUGAUUGGCUAAACAAAGAAUCUCAGUCUGAUUUUAUUAAAGAAUCUUUGAGUUCCCCGUCCUCUGCCAGUACCUGUCCUGCGCAUGGCGGCCAGCAAUCGUCAAUUUACGAUGAAGCCUCUCCUUCGAUCCCAUGCAACACAGAUGGCACUUCAAGCAAUGAACAGGCGUUAGAAGAACUUUGCAGUCGGACCGAACCAGUCGCUGCGUCUCCACCAGAGGUCUACGCUUCCCCGAAUUCCUUUACAUCUGCGCCUCCCUUUGGAUCGGAUCUCGCAAGCGAACCGGAUUUAUUGAAUCGCCAAACACAAGAGGCGUGGAGAACCUGUUCAUUGGCCAAUGGUCAGGUUGCUACGAGGGACUCUAAUGCCCAUAAUGAAUCAUCAUCUCGCAGACUACCCUCACGGUUAGAUCAGGAAACUCAAAGACGUAUACGGGACAUACUCUGUCAGGCUCGACUGGCAAUGGCGAUGGAAAAGUCAGAUGAUCGGUCCGAAACGGGAACGAGGCGAAGGAAGCGAGCCGCAAGCACCGAGUCAGAAAACUGCCCCAAGCGCUUUUCGGUGAUGAACUGCGAUGCUCAUCCGACCACUUCUCAGGCCCCCAAUCUGGAUGCAGAGUCUGAUAAGAAUUGUUUGAAAGACUUCGGACCUCCCGUAUCUGAGGAACCUUUAAGCAUUCAACCGUCCGAGUUUCAUCCUCCGCCAACGCUUUCCCCGGCGCUUUCCGCCCCGAUUAUGUUGCCUGAUUGUUCCGGUGCGAUAUCCAGCUCUGCUCCCUGCAUAUUUACGCCUGGAGCCCAAGGCAACUGCACAACUAUGAACAUUAUUGCCAGUCAAAAUGAGCCAGUCUCUUUUCCACUAACUGCACUGCAGCUCAAUCGUGCGUCUAAUGUUCCGUUCAAUUCCACUGUUGCUCAAAUUCCUGGCACAGUGCAAAUUCCCCAUAUUACGACCCCAUUCGCAGCUUUCAGUCUGAAUGGCACUCCAGCUGGUUCGCAGGCUUCGUUUCCCCUGGGCUCUCCUGCUCUCCAAUCCUUAUCGUCGAUCAGCUCUAGUUCACAGAUGACGCUAACUGUUCCGCAAUCCUUACUGCCUGGUCUAGUUCAAGUUCCCACCCCCUCUGUUCGAGUAACGAACCAUCCCGUUCACUCCGUUAUACCUCCACUUCAGCAGACCUUAUUGCUUCUGGCCGCCGCAUCUGCCGCCAGAGGGCACAGUCAGGCAGCGGUUACUAACGCCACGAGUUUUCCGAGCUCACUUCUGUCCUACAACCUUACUGAUUCAGUGGCCAAUGCAAUCCUAAGCUCCGCGGCGGCCUCUGCCAACUGCACUACCGGCGUGCGUUACAACUCAGCUGCCGAUACAUGCUGCAACGCUGACACCGUCAGGGAGGAGGGGCAUGGCUCUGACAAUUUGACUAAUUACAUCGCACCAGUGGCUUCCACAGGCUCUGCAGAAUUGGCGUCCUUGCUGUCUGCUAGGAUCACGCGUUCCUCCUCAUCACAGCCGCCGUCUACAGAAACGCUGACCUUACCCGACAGUGCUACGCUGGAGGUGUUUUCCAAACUCAACCUGCAUCAGCUUACAUCUUGUCAACUGAAACAGCUAUCUGAUCGCGUUCCUCCGCUGAACACAUUUGAUUUGGCCAAUCAGAUAAGAAACCAUCUCCGUGACUUAAACGUUUCUCAACGUUUGUUCGGUGACUUUGUUCUGGGUCUGUCACAGGCGUCAGUCAGCGAACUUUUGAACAAACCCCGCCCGUGGGACCAACUUUCCCCCAGAGCCAAACUGGCUUACCUGCAGUUGUAUGCGUGGUUACAGCAGCCGGAUCGAAUUGAGUCACUAAAGCAGACGCAGCUGACACAUAGGCAGCGCUAUUUGUAUUCCAUCCCGGAGUUGUCUGCUUUGGAUACAGAUGGAGCCACAUUUCUGGAGUCGUCGACCGAUUUGAAUUACGCAGGCGUAAGCCAAAUGGGUACUCAGGACGAUGCACUUCAGCACCCUUUUUCAUCCAUACUUGCCAAUCCUCCUCAUCAGGAGCCACCAUUUCCCACUGACUGUCCGAAUGGAUCCUCCGACCAACUGUGUGAACGUGAUCGCCAAAGCCUCUUUGAUAUCGCUCGAGCCGCUGCGGCCGCGAUGCAGCGAGCAAAUAGCACUGGCAGCACCGGCAAACUCGCGAGAACUAAGGCACAGGUCGAUUCGCCAAUGAAAAAUGCCACUCCGUCGCGGUUGUCUACACCACUCAAAUCGGAUUCUUCCGGGAGAAGCGCAUCUGUCUCAGCUGAGACAGGCAAUUUGACCUGUACGACGAUCUCCCCAUCGAAGCUUUCCCCGGCACGCAACCGCGUUGUUUUCACUGAGACGCAGAAGGAGGCGCUUGUGAGCACAUUCAAUCGACAACCGUACCCGCAUUCAGACAGAUUACGUGAACUUGCCAAAGAGCUGGAUCUUAGCUACAAAACGAUAUUGAACUGGUUCCACAACAGACGCAUGAGGAGCCGCCAGCCCUUGAUUCCGACAGAACGUGAUGGUCCGGAAAACCAUCUUGCUAUCACCAAGCCGGAGCCCGUUCAGCGGGUCUUUUCCGAUCCACACCGUUUUAAUGGUGACGGGCCUAUUUGCAAUAUCUCCGCUUCUAGUCACACUGAUACAGCAAGCGUGGAGUGCGAUCGUCCCUCAGUACACUUCGUCUGUCCGAAUUCACAACCAGGCCACCCAAAUAGACGCAAGCGCCCUGACCCCGCUCGCUUAAUUACCCCUUGUCUAUAGCCCCCUACGUUCCUUCUCAGCCAGGCUUCACUCGAAGCUAUUCCACCCAACAUAUACAAUAGGGUCUUUCUGGCGCUACAGCAUUCGACAACUUUUGCCUUUAUGGUGUACAGCAUUUUUGUUUUCCUAUUGCAUUUGGCUCGAUAAAUAGCCUCACGAAACCGGUGACAUUAUGCCACUUUUUCGAUCUCUGCCUCGGUGGACUUACUUCUCUAACUUUUUCUCCCAGAGGAUGAAUCCGUCUUUUUCACACCCUUCAUAUGCUUUCCAUUUGGUUAGCUUGAUCUUACCACCCGGUUUUGUUCAACCUCUUACACCUUUUAUUGUUUCCUCCAACGGUUUUCGAUAGCUUGUUAUUCUUCCUAUUUUUUAUCCCCCUCUUUCAUUCAAUGCAGAUCAUGAACUGUUUUCUUUUUCCUCCGGUUGAGCAUUUAUCCGUACAGUAGUCGGUCUUAUUCAAUAUCACAUCCGCUUAUUCUCUUUUUAUGUCUUUUCUACUUGUGGAUGUAUGUAUGUACAUGUGUUUCUUUGUAUCGGUAAGCUUGCUAUUUCUUUUCAUCUAUACACAUACAAUAGACACUCUUCUAUUGACGU